AUGAUCGACCUUUUGUCCUCCUGUAUCGAAGGAGAUUUUGAGUUUUCCGGGCUGGUAGGGUCUGAGGAGUCGGUGCUAGUCGAGUGCCUUGACUCUUUGAGAUCAAUUCCGCUGUUGAAGCGAGAGCGUGCCUCAAUACUGAAGGAUGUCGUAGUUAAAGCACUGUCACAUAGGAAUAACCCCGAGUCAGAUCUGGCUCUGUCAUUGCUCCACCACUUGUCCCAGAUCUCUCCAAUCAACAAGAUAAGACUGCAUUCCGAAGCAUUGUGCCAAUCGCUAAUGGACUACUGCGCGAAGCAGACACGAGACAAAAGAGACCUUUUGGUGCUCGACUUCUUCGAGUCCAUCUCUGAACUCGGCCUCAGUUUCCAGCAGGCUGCAGAUUUGUACAGAAACUCCAUUCAAAAUCCCGGCUCAGCCAUCUCUUUUCAAAGGCUAUUCACAAAGCAUCUCGACUCGCACCGCUCGUAUUUAUUUUUACCUACAUCGCAACACUCGGUCUCGGUCGACGCUUCAAUCAUCAACUGUACAAUCCAAUUCUGGUUUCAAUACACUCCAACACACGAACAGCCCUCCUCGUCCUCUCUGUUCAUUCUUAACGGCAAAGACACACUUCUCACCUACUCCUUCGAGAAGCAGAAGUUUCUAGUCAGCACAUCAACAGACAGUGUAACAUUCGAGGCAUUUGUGUUUGAGCCGCUACGCAAAUAUCACGUUGUUUUUGUGCACAAAGAGGAGAAGCGCAGAUCCUACAUCGAUCUCUAUGUCAAUGGUGACUUUGUACAGUCAAUCAAUUUGGCAUACAAAAAAUCCGGCCGUGCCACGUCCUUCGAUAUACAGGGACUCCACGGGAUGCACUUCGAGUUGAUAAACCUACUAUUUCUAAGCGAACGUGUCAGCUAUGGCUGGAUCCUUCUGUCGUACCACCUGGGCCCGCUAUUUGCUGGUACCUACCAAGGCAACCAUCUCGAGCGCUGUCUUUCGGAAAAAUCAAAGCUGGUGAUGGAUUUGAAACUUCAGGAAAAUAUGGACGGUAGGACAUCGAAAGACAUCAGCAUCAGCUCCAGUUCCAUAUUAGUUGACAUCAACGCCAACUCAUCAGCAGAAAUCAGCUCGACCAUUCAUUGGAAACCGAACUUGCUGCUCAACUCACUGUACUCGAUUGGUGGUAUGGCUGUUUGUUUGCGACUGUUGGAGACGUCCAAAACAUCUAACUCCCUCGUCGAAUGCCUCGAUUUUCUAUUUGCGCUGCUGUCAAAAGACCCGGUUUCGAAACAAGAGUUUGAGAUGAACUCCGGCUACAACAUAGUGGCCACCAUUUUGAAAACAAAAAAGCCAUUUUUGGACCUUACGGUCCUAGAUGCUAUUUUGCGUUUUGUUGGAUACAAUGAUACAUCUCCGAUAGACUCAACCUUGGCCAAUGCUCUUGCAUACAGAAUCCUCAUUGUCGAUUUCGAGAUAUGGAAGCCGGGUUCCAUUGAUCAUGUUGGAGACGCUUCCGUCAGAGACACUUUCAAAUUUCUAUUGUUCCAGUUCUCUGUCUUCGCUCAUGACAGUCGUUACAACAGCUACAACAUCCAACAAUUGGCCGACAUGAAAAUUAUCAAACGAUUCGUGCAGGCUAUGAAGUACGGCUUGUUUGAGGAGGGAGUGCUGCCCUUAUUACAUGACACAAUCUCAAUACUGGUAAGAAACAACCCUUCCACAGAAUCUAUUAAGGCACUAUCCCUAUAUGUGGUAUACUCUUUGAGGGUCCGGGAUUUGGGAGGUUUACAGAAAAAAUGCGGACUAACUGUCUUGCGAGCCAUUCAAUCUGUCGUCGAAGAUCCAACAUUGAUGUCGAACCUUCACGGCUACAAAAUCAUAAUGAAAUCUAUAUCCACGAAGUGGAUUCUAUUGCUUCUUGAUAACGACAACUCAGAUGUGGUGAAAACCAGCUUGAGACUUUUGAAACGCGUUUUGCUGUUUAAUACCAAGCUUUAUAAGUCUUUUGCUGACGAAUCAGAGCUUUUGCUGCUUUUUAAGCUAUUGAAGAAGUGGGACAACAAUUUUGAAGUGAUUAAUCUGAUCAUGACUCUUGCAUUCGGAAAGCAAUCUUUAUCAGAGAAAAGCCAGGUCGUCAUGCCUGAAUUCUUAGUAUUGGUGAACGCGUUAUUAUCAGAAUCAGAGCUAGACUCUGAAACAAUAUCAUCGUAUGUGCGAAAAAUUCAGCACCUGCUUGAGUCAAACAUGUCUUUCAAUAUGGUAGCCUCAAAUCAUAUCCAAUGGCUCCAAACAUUCUUACGUCUGGUUUAUGAGAUUAGAAACACGCACGAUUCUUCAAUCAUAGCUCCUUACAAAGAUUUUGUUGGAGAAUUAUUCAAGGCUAAGAUUGAAAGAAACGCUAGAAAAACGGAAUCACUUGCAGUGGACGCACUUCACCAAAAGUUUCCUGCUAUUUUCACGUCCAUAAUAUUGCCGGAAAUCCUGACACACCUCAACGAACUGGAGCCAAGCUGCCGCACGCGAUUCAUUUCCAAGUUGCUUUCAAGAAUUAUGGAGCUGGCAAAGCAUCACCUUAUUGAAGAAGCGGAUUAUUAUUCGGUGCUGGAAAGACUAAGUCCUAUAUUGAACUUCGACGAAGACUCGAAAUUAAAAACCACAAAAAGGCAUUUUUGCGACUUUUUCACGGAGUUGCUGGUGAAGGCAACGGUUAAGGAAAAGGAAAGCCGUGGAACAGCAUCGAAUGAGACAAAAAUCUGCUGCUCUGUGCUCAUGGCGAAUCAGAGGCUAUUUUCAAAAUACGCAGGGGAUGAGAACUUGUCUGUCAUAGUUGCAUCUUUAUUUCAGUGCAUGACUCUUCCCGAUGAAUCUCUAUCGAGUCUAGCUUUAAAUUGUCUUCGGAUUCAGCUCAUGAAUGAUAUAGAUGUCAGAUCUGUGAUUGCAUGCUUAUCCUCAAACAGCAGCCAGCGGGCCAAAAUAAGGGACUAUUUUAAGAAGUUUUUGUCACUCAAUGAUGAGGAGAUCAGGGGUAUUUGGGAUAACGAUUUUAGUCUUCGCAAAGUUAUCGACGAAACAUAUGAGAGCUAUCUUUUGCACGUUCGAAAACAACAAGGGAAACUGGUGACUAGGAAAGUAAUAGAUGAAAUGGCUCCGUCUCGACUUUCAGAUAGCAACGAAAAAAUAGAGAAGCUUUACUCCAAAGAUAUCAUUCUCUUGAGCAAGACAAUAGAACAGGCAGAAACUAAAAAGUUCAACAGACACAUCCAGGACGAUAUGGAUGAUCUCAACUACUUUAUCGCUGUCUUCAACGACAUCAAGUCACAGCUUCCAGUGGAAAAUUAUAAAUUCGCAGCUGUGUUGGACUCUACUGAGGGCCCAGACCGGAUGCGCAAGCGGAUGAUUAAACAGCUCUGCCUGACGGAGGAUGAUAUCCCCACAGAGGAGAGUCCUGGGCUAGAAUACAAUGAACUUGCAGAAGAAUACGAGCUUCUAUCAGAACAGAUAGACGUUGACCUCGUACAGGAGGACAAGAACCGCAAAAUUCUCCGGAGCUUGUACGUUGGCGAUAAGAUUGUUGAGAUGCUCAAUGUGACGCAGAUAUUGGGUCUUGAAACGCUUGAAUCGAUAUUUAUUCUGGGACAGUUUCAUAUAUACAUGAUUGGCAACUAUUUUAUGACCUCAGAUAAGAAAGUUGUGGACUUGAGAGAUGCUCCUCCGAACGAGAGGGACUCGUACGUUCAGCUGAUCACGGGUGGCAAUUCGAAAGCUCCUUCAUCGCAACAUCAAACUAAGACAUGGGAGCUGGCUAAGUUUGCAUCUAUCAGCAAGCGGACAUUUCUUCUGCGAGACGUGGCUUUAGAGCUCUUUUUCAUCGAUGGUUCGAAUUUUCUAAUUACCUGUGCUUCUAAGGAAACAAGAGAUGGGAUUUUCAAUGUGUUGUCCGCUAAAGUAUCGGCCAGGUAUCCUGACACGAUUUUGGAAGACGCUCUCACCCUAGCAUCCUCAUCCUCGUUGACGAUUGGGGCCAAGCUUGUCAGUGCAAUAACCUCUGUGGCUUCGUCAACGACGCUCAGCUCAUUAACAAGGAAGUGGCAAAAGGGCGAAAUAUCAAACUUCUACUACUUGAUCAUCGUGAACACACUUGCUGGUCGCACGUUCAACGAUCUAACCCAGUAUCCUAUCUUCCCGUUUGUCAUUGCGGACUACGAAAACGAGGAACUUGAUCUGACCAAUCCUGCCACUUUUAGAGACCUUGGAAAGCCAAUGGGGGCGCAGACAGAGAAGAGAGCCGCCCAAUUUCGAGAAAGAUACGAUGCCUCGGCAGAUAUGUCGCCCGACUCACCGCCGUUUCAUUACGGAACGCAUUAUUCGUCGGCAAUGAUUGUCACAACUUAUCUCAUUCGCCUCAAGCCGUUUGUGCAAUCGUAUUUGUUGCUUCAGGGAGGCAAAUUUGACCAUGCUGAUAGAACUUUUCACUCCAUGGUGAAGACGUGGUACAGUGCGUCCCGAGACCAUACCACAGACGUCCGAGAACUGAUUCCCGAGUUUUAUUAUCUCCCAGACUUCUUGCUCAACUCCAACAAUUUUGAGUUUGGCCAUUUACAAGAUGGCACCAAAGUUGGCGAUGUACGUCUGCCUCCAUGGGCCAAAAAUGACCCUGUGAUCUUUGUGGAGAAAAUGAAACAGGCUUUAGAGAGCGACUAUGUUUCUGCGCAUCUGCACGAGUGGAUUGAUCUUGUGUUCGGGUUCAAGCAGCGGGGAAAGCACGCAGUAGACUCGUUGAACGUGUUUCAUCAUCUGAGCUACCAGGGAUCCGCAGACCUAGACAAAAUUCAGGACGAGAGAGAGAGGAAUGUGAUAGUGAACAUUAUCCACAAUUUUGGGCAAACCCCAAUUCAAGUUUUCCACAAACCUCAUCCGCGGAAGCAAGUUCACACGAAGGUGAAGUUCGACCCCACCAAACUGUUUGAGCUGCCACUAUCAAUUAUCGAUGCUCCUUUCAACAUAGACACUAUAGAGUUUGAUUUUGUCAAGAUGGAAUGGCGAGCUCGAGACCGUUUCACCCGAGGUAGCCAGCAUCUCAAACUGCAGCUAGUCGGCCGCAACUCGGUGUUGAUGAACCACGUUGUAUUUGAGAACGUGAGAACCAGCAUGAUCUCAGCAUUGGAAAUUCUAAACCUUGACGAGUUCGUGGCUGGUUUUGAAGACGGCACCCUGCAAAUAUACAGGCUAACCUCGAACAAGUUGACAAGUUUGAGAAACGCCCAGAAAAUGAACGUGCGAGAAUCUGCCGAAACGAGCUGGGUACGAGGAUCUGAGGAGGUAAUACAGCUUGGAGUUCUACGAGGACACCGAUCCAGAGUGCUCCAGGUCAGGGUGAAUACUUUUUACUCGGUUCUCCUGAGCUAUAGUGAAGAUGGAACAGUCAAGUUGUGGGACCUCCUGCAACGCAAACACAUGCGAGAUAUUACUGAGAAUGGUAAGCUUAUUGAAAUAUCUAACCAGCAUGCCCUCAUUGCAGUGGUGGACAGGAAAAAUAUAUUGAGACUUGAGACGAUCAAUGGACUGCUGCUGCUGGAACAGCCUCUACAUGAAGAGUGUCUGUCCAUCACCUUUGGAGAGGCAAACCUCAACCACUCUCCUAGCAUCGAACACCAUCAGUGGAACCACCAUUCGAUUUUGGCUCUUGGCUUCCGCGGGAAAAUAAAGCUAGUGGAAUUGAUGUUGGACCAAGAUUGGCGCAUCAACAUUUUACGCGAGUUCAGCAUGUUUGGAGAUUUGGAGAUCACCAGCCUCAAACUCAAGCUCAACUUGGAGCUGAACGGUGAAGGCCGGGUCAUUGGACGCGGCGAGCUGGCAGCAGCCAGUCAAAAUAAACUAAUGAUCUGGUGUUAA